AUGGAGGAGCAGCCGCCGGGGCGCCCGCCGGGGAGCGCGGCCUGGUGGGGCAGCCCACACCCCGGCGCCCCCUCGGCGGCCGGCGCGCCUGGCGGGACUUUGUCUGCGGCGACGGCGGCGGCCGCGCUGGCUCUCAGCUCCGGGGCGGCCGCGGCGCUGGGGAACCGGAGCGACGCGGGCGGGGGCGCCUCGGCGGGCGGCGCGCGCGGGGCGGCGGGGCCGGCGGGGCCGGCGGGGAGGCCGCUGCUGUGGCCCGGGGCGGCGGAGGCCGCGCAGGCGCUGGUGCUGCUGCUCAUCUUCCUGCUGUCUAGCCUGGGCAACUGCGCCGUGCUGGGGGCGAUCGCGACGCACCGGCCGCUGCGCACCGUCACCAACGCCUUCCUCCUGUCCCGGUCCCUGUCGGACCUGCUCACGGCGCUGCUCUGCCUGCCCGCCGCCUUCCUGGACCUCCUCACGCCGCCCGCGGGCUCGGCGCCAGCGCCCUGGCGCGGCUUCUGCGCCGCCAGCCGCUUCUUCAGCUCGUGCUUCGGCAUCGUGUCCACGCUGAGCGUGGCGCUCGUCUCGCUGGACCGCUACUGCGCCAUCGUCCGGCCGCCGCGGGACAAGAUCGGCCGCCGCCGCGCGCGGCAGCUGCUGGCCGGCGCCUGGCUCGCGGCCCUGGGCUUCUCCCUGCCCGGGGAGCUGCUCCGCACGCCCCGCGAGCCCGCGGCGCUGCAGAGCUUCCACGGCUGCCUGUACCGCACCUCCCCGGACCCCGCGCAGCUGGGGGCGGCCUACAGCGUGGGGCUGGUGGUGGCCUGCUACCUGCUGCCCUUCCUGCUCAUGUGCUUCUGCCACUACCACAUCUGCAAGGCCGUGCGCCUGUGCGACGUGCGCGUGCGGCCCGUGACCACCUAUGCGCGCGUGCUGCGCUUCUUCAGCGAGGUGCGCACGGCCACCACCGUGCUCGUCAUGAUCGUCUUCGUCUUCUGCUGCUGGGGGCCCUACUGCUUGCUCGUGCUGCUGGCCGCGGCCCGGCAGGCUCAGGCCACGCAGGCCCCCUCGCUCCUCAACGUGGUGGCUGUUUGGCUGACUUGGGCCAAUGGAGCCAUCAACCCUGUCAUCUACGCCAUCCGCAACCCCAACAUUUCCAUGCUCCUGGGGCGCGGCCGGGAAGAGGGCUACCGGACUAGAAAUGUGGACAGUUUGCUACCCAACCAGGGCCUGGGCCUGCAGAACAGAAGCCGCAAUCGCCUUCGAAACUGCUAUGCCAACAGACUGGGGGCCUGCAGCAGGAUGUCCUCUUCCAACCCGGCCCGCGGAGCAGGAGGGGACGUGGCCAUGUGGGCUCGGAAAAAUCCAGUUGUGCUUUUCUGUCGGGAGGGGCCGCCAGAACCUGUGACAGCAGUGGCCAAACAGGCUGAAUCUGAAGCUGGGGAUACCAGUCUCUAGGAAGGGUUGGGAUGCACAGCCUGUGAAGGCCAAUUUUCACCUGCUUUGUUUUGUAAUGCCGAAUUCUGGGGGAGAAUCGUGUAUUUCAUAAAGACAAACAGUUUAAAAUGAGACGGAGGGGGGAGGCUUACCACUUCCUCCAAGCAACAUAGAAGGUGAAAGUGCCAAAAGGAAUGUAAAAUGCAAAAAUUAAAGCAAUCUUGACCACACAACCAAGCAUUGUGAGCUGUAAGUGCCAAAAAUGCCAAAAAUAAAAUUCACAAUUACUGAAAAACUCAUAUUACAGAAAUCACUGUGGAAAAAAAAAAUUAACGGAAUGCAGCCAGUGUUUGUUUAACACAUGGAGUUUCCAAAAAAAAAAAAAAAGAGAGACCCUCAAAUCGCUUGACUGCCUCUCUAACUCACCAGCAUACAAAAAACUUUCUAGAAUUUACUCCUCUGACACUUGUUUUGGGUGCUUAGAUUGGGAGCAGGAAAUUCUUUUAUUUUUUAAUCCUUGUGCCUCCUUGUCCCUUCUCCUCCCCCUUCCAUCUUAACCUCAGAGCCUUGGAAGGUGUUUUAUGUCCACCAGUGUUUUUAAGUGUUCUCACAUUAUCCAAUUGUCAGGAGUAGAAAAUUCUUAUUCAUUAGCACUGGUGAAAUUUUCCCACCCCGCCAAUAAUCUGAGAAAUUUAAAAUUCAUAUCUCACUUAAAACCAUUAUAGGAUACGAAAGGUGGCUUAUUACUAGAUAAAAUUCAAUUGUCUGCAGGGCAAAUAGAAACAUGAACUAAAGACAUGUAACUGUUUUAAAAAAUAAUGUGCCCCAUCCAACUCCGAAAAUUAUCUGCCCAUUCCACCCCCAAAAUUAUGUGCCUUGACAAAAUUUGAAGCUUUACUUUUAUGCUAAUCUGCUAUUUUUAUUUCUGAUAAUUUGGGGGUUGCAUCUCUUAAAUGUUUUCACAUUAAAAUAACUUUCAUUGUAGAAAAUCUUUGACUUUUGGAUUCAACCAAAAAAUGUAGUUUGAAGUCAAGUUAAUUGACUCAGGUAAGUGAUAGUAUACACACACACACACACACACACACACACACACAAUGAGAGUUGAGAAAGUAACAAGAUUGGCUUUACUGUAUGGCAUUUAACUAGCUGAAGAUUAUUCCAGAGAGAAAGUCUAAAAAUGUGUUAUUCUAAUAUGUUCAGAAGUGGCUACAUUCUUGGAGUAACACAGAGCUUUCAAAGAAGAUCAUACUCUCCUAUGUUUGGAAAUGGGUACACAUGUUUUUGAAAAAAUGAUCCACUACUUUAUAGACAAGACUUGUUUAAAAUAAUGUAAUAUUUAUUAAAAAUGGAGAAUAGGUGGGGGGUUAUUCAGUAUAAUAGUAUAUUAACAACUUGAGCAUGAAGUCAGAAGGGAAGUUCAGUCAAGUGGAAAUGUCUUCAGAAAUAUGUAAAACAAAGAUGCUUUUAAAAAUUCAAAAGCACAACUUGGGAUUUUUGGAAUGUGUGAAAUUCUCACAUUAAA